CCCUCUCACCUACAAGAAUUUCCAGGCACUCAUCAGUCACAUGGAUGCCGUGGAAUCACCCGCUGAGAUCAUCACUGCUGAGGUCAUGAGGAAGUGUGCCACGCCCAUCAGUGAUGACCAUGACGACAAGUUUGGCGUGCCCUCCCUGGAGGAGCUUGGCUUUGAGACCGAAGGCCUGGCUACAGCAGUAUGGCCAGGGGGAGAGACGGAGGCCCUCACUCGCCUGGAGAGGCACCUGGAGAGAAAGGCAUGGGUGGCCAACUUUGAGCGUCCCAGGAUGAACGCCAACUCCCUGCUGGCCAGCCCCACAGGCCUCAGCCCCUACCUCCGCUUCGGCUGCCUCUCCUGUCGCCUCUUUUACGUCAAACUCACUGACCUCUACAGGAAGGUGAAGAAAAACAGCUCACCGCCCCUCUCGCUCUAUGGCCAGUUGUGGCGCAAGUUCCUCUACACCACAGCCACCAACAACCCCCGCUUCGACAAAAUGGAGGGCAAUCCGGUGUGUGUGCAGAUCCCCUGGGACCGCAACCCGGAAGCGCUGGCCAAGUGGGCCGAGGGGAGGACAGGGUUCCCCUGGAUUGACGCCAUCAUGACCCAGCUGAGACAGGAGGGCUGGUUCCACCACCUGGCCAGACAUGCUGUUGCCUGCUUUCUCACUAGAGGAGACCUGUGGAUCAGCUGGGAGGAGGGCAUGAAGGUAGAUACUGGGGGAAGGAGAUGUUAG